CGCGAAACCGGAAGUGUGGGGUGGUGAAUCCUCUCGUUUCUCCUGGUUCUGUUUGGCCGCCUGUAACAACGGGAGCAGCAUCAGACAAGAGAUAACCUAAUGAUGGAAGAAUUUGAAGAUGCCGAGGCUCCUCCCGCCGAGGAUCUGGCUCAGUGUCACACCUGUAAAAGAUGGUUCUUCCCAAAAGUCCUGGACAAGCAUGGAAAGAUCUGCCAAAAGACCACAACGAAAAGGAGGAAGGUUUUUGACUCGAGCAGGCAGAGGGCAGAGGGAACAGAUAUCUCCACACUCAAACCUAUCAAACCAAAGUCACAAAGUUCAGCUGCCUCAGUGAAAGCCGAACCGCCGAAGAAGCCGUCCAACUGGCGCAAGAAACACGAGGACUUCAUCGCCACCAUCCGGGCCGCCAAGUCCCUGACCCAGGUCAUAAAAGACGGGGGGCCGCUGCCCCCGCCUCCUCCUCCCACCUACGACCCAGAUUACAUCCAGUGCCCUUACUGUCAGCGGAGGUUCAACGAGAGUGCAGCUGACAGACACAUCAAGUUCUGCCAGGAGCAGGCCGCCCGCAUGCCCAACAAAAGCAAGCCGGGAGAUGCCAGGAAGCCUGCAGCUCGCGCGCAGCCUCAGUUGAAGCCCACCCCUGUGAAAAAGACCAACUCUCCCGCCGCGUCAUCCAUCCCCUCGGCCUCUUCCCGUCUCCCCCAGAGAUCAGGCCCCGCGCAGUCCUCUGCUAUCCCCUCCAGCAAGGUUCCCUCGGCGGGCUCGGUGAGGAGUGAUCCCUCCGGCCUAACAAGCCCACCUUCAGGCGUGGGAACCAAGACCCGAGCCCCCAGCUACGGCUCUGUCCGGAGCACUCAGUCUGGACUUGGACUCAACAAGAAGAAAGCGGACGCCUUUAUAUCUCGGAACGACGUAGACGGCAGAAAUGAAGUCGGCAACGGUGGCCUGAAGAGCAAGUUCUGUCACGCCUGCGGGACCAAAUACCCCGUAGAAUCCGCAAAGUUCUGCUGCGAGUGCGGCGUCAGGAGGAUGUGCCUCUGAUGGAAAGUCAAAAGAUCGAGUGGCCACGCGGACACUGGAGCGGACGCGGAAAGAGUUUCACCAAAGCCGAGGAGAAGUCAAAGGAGAGAGGAGCCACUGCAUUUCCAUCUCCAUCGGCCCACAGGGGUCUAGUUUCCUGGCAGUCCAGCGGGGUGAUAUUACGGUUUGAAGUUCUACAGUGAAGGUUUGGGAUGCUGACAUCUAUGACGACAUGUCUACUUAGAAGGGCUGGCAUCAUUUACACUAUUAACAUCAGCGGCCUUAAAAAAAACAAAACCAAGAUCACUGCCUUGAAUCUAGACUCCAUGAAGCAAUUGGGAAAAGAAAGUGAGGUAAUUUGGAGGAGGAGGAGUGAGGGCCAUGGAUGGGGAUGAAGGUUCUGUCAUAGGUUAGACUUACAGAGGGAAGUCUGGUGCAGCAUUUAAAGACUCAAAGGGUGCAAAGGGUUUUUAAAAUUGGAAGACGGGAGAUAAAGUUUGCCCCUCGAUUGUCCUCGUAGUUCCUUCCCUGUCCACCGUUACAGUUAGAGCGUUCCUCCAUCCUAUUUACGUCCAGAUCUUAUCAAAAAGAGCCAUCGAAAGUGCAAUAUAAUUGACUACUGAAGAAAGCAAGGUGCUUAUCUUAGAAAAAUGGGCAGGGUUGUCUAUGCUGCCACCUUGAUUUGAAAGGGCCUGGUCCCAAAACGAAUUAUCCACUCAAGGUAAUAAAAGCGUCACAGAUAAAAUGUAGCUCUGUCCCUUUAAUUUCAUUAACAAAAAAAAAAAAAAGGUCAGACUAGCUAUUUAUUUUCCAAUUUCAUUUUAAUGAAUGAACAACGACUGCAGCUUUUCCUUAAUAUUGUACAGUUUGUAUUUGGAUCGGUAGGAGAUCAGUCUGGACACCGGCGUGUUGCGUUUGCUGUCCCUGACCGUGUUUUCCCAGUCAGUAUUAAAUGAGGCAAAGUUCGCGGGAUCGGAUUGAGCAACACCUCAGAUCUGUUUCGGCUCCGUCGAUCCCUCUUUGAUCCCGCAGGCUUUUGUUUGCGGGGCGCCGUCGUAGACACGAGUACUUUAAGUCAUUGUAUCUUUGUCAGCCAAGGAUUUCAGUUAUUUUGAGCACAAAGUAAACCGCUGCGUUGGUUGUCAACAAAUAUUUAAACGGACCGAGGAGACGUGGGUUUUUAAACCCGGACGCGGUUGUGCGCUUCAUGCCAUGUAUAUCCACCAUAAAUAAACUUCUAUGAAGACAUCUGGUCCAUUUGUGUGUUGGUUUCAGGACCACAUUUCUUUUCAAUUGCAGGUCACAAUGAGUACAAAGUA